AUGGAUGGCAACAAGGUGUGUAACAUACGAAGGUGAUAUAUAGAUUUUGCAGAGGCGAAAAGCGAACUUUUAAGAGAUAUCUUUGUGAAGUAAAGUUUUCUGAGCCUGCGAUCACUUUGAUUCCAUACCUGGUCAGCGGAAAACUUUAAAAAAACACGCCACCUCAAUAAGUUGUACACCUAAGCCUGCGAUACCGUAAUGUGACACUGAUCAGUUAAUACCCUAUUUUGACAGCUGUCAGUUGAUCAUAACAUGGAUGUCCAAUCUCGAGUUAAACACAUUUUGAAUAAAGCUAGUAAGUUAGACAUUUCACAUCCGCCAAGAUGGAGGGGACGUACGUAUGUACGAAUCUGACAGAACCAAAAUUCUUGAAAUUCUCCUACCCAUGUUGUUCCGCUGCGCGCACUUAGUGCGCGAGAGAGCUCCGCUAUGAGGUAAUAUGUUAACUUGAUGUUAAUCAAUGAAGGCAAACUUGUUCUCCUUUUGUGUCGCAGUCCCAGUCCGACUGAUAACAGCAUGCAAAUUAGGUCGGCUAAACAUGUCUUUGUUCAUGGCUUUUAAAAAUUCUCAUAGUUAGAGGGAGACUAUGGAAUUGCACAGUACAGUUGAUUGCCCUUAGUUAUUUUAAAUUGUGGGCGUUCGUUUUCAUCGGUUGAUAGAGCUCCCACAGAUAGCUGUUGCAGAAGAUUUUUUCGGGAACUUACCAUCAUUACCUUGAAUCUUCCGUAAUUGUUUAAAUGCAGUAUCUAUCAUUUCGAUAAAAAAACUAAUGCUCUCAACCAAGCUUACUAUAUGCUUUAUCCUUUAAGUGAUUUUCUUUUACAGCAAACUUUUCAUUACAAUGCCGCCCUCUGGAACAACAAAGAAACCUUUAACAUUGAUGGAGGGAAGACUGGGUUUGACUCCCAAGAGACUAAACUUCCCUCCUACUGGAACAGAUUCUUUUCCAAGAUCUGCCUCGGCAUGAAGAUCGGUCAGCAGUUAAAUUUCAUUGUAAUCAACAGGAACGCCAGUUCCCUGUACUCUUUGAUUGCUGACGGACAAUUUCGCGCCACUUCACUGGGUCGUGGCGCGUGGAAGUUGCUGAUUGGUCCUGAUGCCUCCCUGCAGGCCCAGUGCAACAAGGAAGGGUUCAACAGUCAAUGCAGUGGCCUUUCCAAAGCCAGAAUAGGUAUCAUUGGUAAUGAACAAAACAACUGCAAUUCCUGUGACUCUAGAAUUGGGUUUGGUACUGGAGGAGAUCCUGAUGAUACCAACUCUUGCGGGAACGAGGCUACUUGGUCUCCAGACAAUGGUGACAAGCAUAUCAAGGCUGUAGGAUAUAUCCUUGUGCAAUGAAAAAGUUCUAGACUGUUGUGUUCUAACUGCUAACGGUGUGAAACAAUUCGGUAAAAGUUAACUAAAAUACAGAGGCCUUGUGAAAACUGUUGUUCCUGUGCCGGGAGAAACAAUGGAUUGUACGUCCAGUUGAAAUGUUGAGAUUACCGUAACACAGAUUGUGAUCUCUGUGCAGGUGUAUUACAGCCUAUUAAUUCUGGUGAAUGUAUAGCCACAAUCGUCGACAAACACAAAUUGGCGCAGUACAAUGUGGUUAUUUAAACCAGGUAGCGUAAGAAUUCGGCCCAAAUUUAUUUGAAUGAAUUUCUAUUGUUUAAUUGAAAAUCGAUUUUUGUGUAUUACAUGUGAAGAACGCUCAAUUGAUUGUACUACCGCAUUAAUGUUUUUUUUUUAUCCAUCCUAAGGUUGUCCGGGAAUCCUAUUGAAUUGCAAACAGUGUCAUAAAAAUGUUAAUAAAUAGUGUUUGCACUUUAAUGUUUGUCUGUUGUCCCUAUUGAAUUUCAAAUGGUGUUAAUGACUUUGAUGUUGACGUUUAAUAAUGAAAGUAUACUUUUCUCUUUUGUAUGCCGAAUGACGCAUAUGAAUGCCCAAAAGUGUUAUUGAACGUUGAUUAAAAUGUAAAGAAAUGGUAAUUGAAUCUGAUUUGUGCGCAAAUGUUCGUAUCUAUGCGCUAAUGAAUGUAUCUUCGCACUAUUGGUCGCCGUUUCACGCAAAUAAUUGCGUAUUUUCUCGUAAUGAACAGCAAGAAGUGUAACUCAAAAACUCAUUAAUAAUUCAUAAAAAAUUAAAAACAUAAGAAAUUAAUGUUUAAUGAGUGUCUUUAUAUCUCAUAAAUACAGGGCUAAACUUUACGUCUAAUCUUUUAGACCAAUAUAACCCCGAAUCUAAAUGUUAGUGCAAGGGUGAGUGGAUCUAUAUCAGAGAGUUUGAAGCCGUUCAAAAACCUCUCAGUCGUAUAUUAUCAGGUGUAAAAUAUAUUACCUUGGUAUGUUACACACCUUGUAGCCAUCCAUCUUCAUGACCGAUGUCCAUCCUCCUAUCCACAUCCAAAAUCUCCCGUGUGACAAAGGUUUUUGAACCUGUUUUGUUUGAAAUUACAAAGUUCAAAGUCUUGUCGAACAUCCCGCUUACCGGAUUUCGUCGAGAUCCUGGACUCUGAGGCUACUAAGUAUCAAGUCAAGCUUAAGGAAUCAUGUUCAUAGAAUGGGAGAAACCCGACCUUAACCAGCAGGUGAAACACUUAAACCUAAUUUUUUUCCCUGUAAGUGCCUUAACAUCACUUGUUUAAACUUUUAAGUGCGCAAUAUUGUAAAAGCAAUUUAACGAACUUUCUGACUGUUACAUCGCGCGCGAUUUAAAUUCAACGGCAAUUUCACAGUAACUACAGUAAUACUGAAGACGACGAAUGUGCCGUCAAAAAAUGUCUGGUAAAUUAAAGAAAGUUGUUUUGCUUAUGCGACCAUCUAAAUUUUUGGGUCUGAAAUAGGGUAAAGGUUUGUCCUGUCUACAGCUUUCUCUACUAGAACUAAGGUCGUCUCUUUUACUGUUCAUCUUUUAAGAAUGGUUUGAAAUAGGAUGAUGUGCCACUAGCCCACCCAAAUUUCCUAUCGUAUCACUCCACGUAUCAUCUCUAGCUGGAAGAUGAGGCAUUUUCCUACUAGCCUAGAGCAGACUCACUUGUAAAACUUCGGGGAAAUUCCUUCCCCAUUAUUUUACUCGCCCAUUUCCUCGCCUUAUGAUUCUCCCCGGCUGACGCUGCCUGUCGUCUCCACCGCAAACAUUUUCCCCGAAAUCGCACCACAGGUGGCCCAAGCGUAACAUGGGCCACCUGUGGCGUAAUAUGAGAGUUUGUAUGGGAAAAGUAGAGAUUGAAACUUACAUGAAAUAAAUGAAGUAAAAGCGAUAAAAGUUAUCAAUAAAGUGUAAAUAUUGUUACCUGGAGUUGUUGUCUUUGUUUUUACGAAGUUUCAGCGCUAUUUGAGUACUUUUACAUCAUCUGACCUGACAGUGUAAUAAUAAGAGACAAUAUUUACACUUUAUUGAUAACUUUUAUCGCUUUUACUUCACUUAUUUCAUCUAAGUUUCAAACUCUAUUUUUCCCAUCCAAACUCUCAUAUUACGCCACAGGUGGCCCAUAUUACGCUUGGGCCACCUGUGAUCGCACGAGUGAGCCUGCUCGUGGGCUAUAUAUUUUUCCCACAAGCCACCUUUAAACCUGCCAACGUUAUUUGAUUUUCUGUUGAAAUCAGACAGUGAGCUUUCCACUUCCAUUUUCCAGGGUCCUUACUUCAUUUUUUCCCACUUAUUUUUCACAUAACUUCUUUCUAGUCGGAAAUUUUCACCCACAUCAGAUACAAUCUUAUCAGAAUACACGGCCACUGUCAAAGCAACAACGAUUUCGUACAAUCAUCGCUUCUUGGUAGCAAAGAGCAAUAACGAUUCCCAUCGAUUUUCCUCCCCGUCUCUAAUGCAUAGAAAUUCCGAGAUAAUGCUGUUUUCUAAGGAAACUGGCGAUUUUUAAAACUCUAAACUACGACCUUUUUUUCAAUAAUUACAGCAAAAAGAUAACCACCACAUAUUGUUCUAUAUUACGUACCUAUUAAGAUUUUGCAAGCAAGGUUUGACUAUUGCAGGUUGGAAACUAAUGAUAUUAAGGGUUGGAGAAAUUGCCAAGGUUCGUUGAGCUGCCAUUGGCUGGUGUUGACAAAAAAUUGUUUUUGACAUUUAAAAACAAACCAAUCUCCAGCAGAGUCUUGGUCGAAGGUAAAUGUAAUAUUAAAAAUGUAACUUUAGUCGCCGACUAGUAUGUGUUCUUCUUUAUUCCCUUGGUUUCUUCUUUUGAAAGUUUUACUGUCAGUAAUUGCUGAGACAGCUUAUACACAAGGUCAGUUUUGCUUGAUUAUCUCAGUGCCUUCGCUACUGUAAAAGUUGUUAUUUUUCAGGCAUUUUUAACGGCCACAACAAGUUUGUGUCAGUAACUUUUCAGUCCUUUGUAUUCUGUGAAGUGCACAAGACAAAACUAGGCAAAAUAUCCGAUAACAAAAGGACGCUAAAGGCGUCUGGGAACAAACAUUUUAGCAAUGACAAUGCUGUUUUCAGUUGAUAUUCAUGAUAAAAUUGAUACAUAGAAACCGAAUUUGAUUCAAGAGACGCGUGAUAUUUAAGCUAAUAAAUUCUCAGAGUGAUUUUUGCUUCGAAAGUAUACCGAAUGGAACGAAGGCGGUUUUGGUUAUGGUUUUCAUACACGUACCAUGCGGGAGCCUAAAAAAAUUCUUUUAGCUGGUUGUAUUGCCCCUUUUCUCUGUCGUUCAAAUUGAAAUAACAAAUCUGAAACACAUUUUCUUAAAUAAUGUGGUUUUCUUUGCUAAAUUACAUUGAAUUAGUUUUAAUCAAGGAUGUCUGGUGUCAUAUAAACAUUUCCUGAAUUAAUUUUAUCAAUCUUGUCCUGAUAUUUUUAAGGGUCCACGCAAAACACUGAUAUUAAGUUCUUUUUAGAUUUAAAACAUUUUGCGCUAUAAAGGCGUUUUUGCUUUCAAAAUAUAUUUAACAACUUACAGCGUUUUCGAUGCUCUGCUGUUUUUCGAAUUUUUUUAAAUACUGUCCUUUCUACAGGUUUGGACUCCGGGUUUCGCCAAGAUUUUUUCAUGCAAGACGAUCAUUACUAUCUAAAUGUUCCUAGACUUGAAACAUUCACUGUCUCCGACAAGCUUUCCUGCAACAUAAAUUGCUUGAGAAAUCCUUCUUGCUUGUCUGUUAAUCUGGCCGCCACAGAAAACGCAGCCGACGAAAAGAUUUGGUGCGAGUUGCUUUCCUCUGAAAAGUACAGCAACCCCGACAAGUAUAAAAGAAACAUAACCUCCCAUCAUUUAAGUUCCUUCUUGAAGGUAGUUGUAAAUUCAGUGAUAAUCUACUCUGAAUAACUGAUCUGUUUUUGUAGAAAAUGUUCGAUGAUAUUUCGAAAUAUUACUAUUUCAGACCUCUUGCGUUUAUUCGCCGUGCCGCAAUGGAGGUACAUGUGUGUCAAGCUUCAACCAUCUCACUUUUUAUUGCAAUUGCAGAGAAGGUUUUGUUGGAGUAUCUUGCGAAGUAGGUAAUAAACGUUAAGUUAAGCUUUUGUGAAAAAAACCGCACAGUUUGCACGGUCUGCACAUCCUGCAAAAGUCUGCGUAGUCUUUGCAGUCAAAACAGUCUGCAGUCUUCAUAGUCUCCAGUCUGGACAGUCUGCGCAGUCUGAAAAAUCAACAGUCUUCGUUGUCUGCAGUCUGGACAGUCUGUAAAGUCUGUGGUCUGCACAGGCUGCGUAGUCUGCCGUCCGGAUAGUCUUCACAGUUUGGACAGUCUGUAAGGUCUGCAAAGUCUGCAGUCUGAACAGGCUGCAGUCUAGCGGUGCGAAGUCUGCACAGCCUGCACUCUGCAGUCUGCACAAUCAGGACAGUCUGCAGUGUCUGCACAGUCUGCAAUCCGUAGUCUGCGUUUCAACAUGACCGCGACUCAGUCGAUUACCCGCGAUGUGAUUUGAUAAGAAAGACAAACUUGAAAUUGUCCUUUGUUCCUCAUCAGUAACUCGAACUUGUGUGCUAAUUUCGAAUCGCGCUCAGCAAUAAUGUAGCGAGAGAACUAAGUUUUCCGGCCGCGCGGUUUCCUUUUCAAUUUUGUGGGUACUGUGUGUAACAAACCGACGAACUGCCUAGCCAGUGUGAACAGCAUGCCGACUGGGAUUGCGAAGAUCGUCUCGUAUUAUCUUAGAUAAGAAAAUUGAACCGAUUCAGAUAGGAAUAAUGGCUUGUUAUUUCUUUUUCAGCUAUAAAGUCAUGUCAAGACUUGUAUCAUUUUGAGCCACAAAAGUAGGUAACAUGAUCAACGUCUUUUUCAACAUCUACUUAUAAUUCACGACAAAUGCUUACAAACAGGAAGAUUCCCUCUACGAAUAGAAGUACAUUAACUAUGGGUUAUGGGGGGAGGACAUGGCAAACUCAUUCCCAGGCCCAUGGAUUUGCCGCUGAGAGCCUGAGAAGGAGGCUGUAAACGAGUUGUAUAUUACAUACAGUUCCAACCGACGUGUUAUAUUUCAUAAGCUCAGUAAUGAAUACUAUUGGAUCAUGUUACUUCUAAAAUCGCUAGGCUCAUUUACCUAGAGAUCAGGCCCAAUUUUAGCAGCUUUCAUACAUUUUCUCUUGCAUGGUCGAGCAAUGAUCAGGCUCUAUGUCGUUUCGCCUCGCCCCUCGGAAUAUUACUUACCAAGCAAAACAAAAGUAGAGCCUGAUUUGAGGUGAGGCUCAGUUGAUUCAUUUAUCAUAAUGGGUCAUUUGGGCAAAAUUGUCAUCUCAGAUUUUUUGUCUAACUUUAGGAAUAUUACGGUUCAAUUGCCUUCGGACGAUGUAGCUUGGAGGGUUUGAAGCAACAAGGGGACGAAGUUUUAAAUGUUGGGUCCAGUUGGAGUAAGGGAUCACUAGUGUUCACGUGUCAUUAAUGCCUCAUGAUUUUCUAUACGAAAACUGUCUCUGUGUGUAGGUUGAGCCAAAGCCAGGUAGUAACAGUCAUCUUUGAUUCAAAACCUACUCCAAUUCUUUGUCACAUGGGAGAUUUUGGAUGUGAAGAUGGAGGAUGGACACCGAUCAUGAAGAUGAACGGUAGCAAGGUGUGAAAUUUUAUUUGGCAACAUGUUGUUUAAGGUUCGAACUUGUUCUACGGUUGUGUCGCCUUAUAAUAUGGUCCCGGCUAGGUUGAUUCCAACGUGCAUUUAGGUUGACUAAACACUUCGUCAUUGGGGUUUUAGAAUUGCUUUGAGCGAGUAGAGGGAGACUAUGGUAUUGCAAACUAAUGGCCAUACUGAUGACGUAUCACUGUCAAGAUCUGGGUAAUGCUUUUGAUUGGUCCUGCUGCAUGGCAGAUUUGCUUCAGCCAAUCAGAGGGACUAUCGAGAUCUGGGUAGUGACGCGUCAUCAGCAGUGGAAUUUCUACGCUUUUCUCAGACAUCAUUUCGCUUUUCUCAGGCUAAGAAACGAAUGCUUACAAUUUAGCUAAGCUUAGACUGUUCACAGUCCUAUAUUUUUCCGUAAGAUCGUCGAGAUCGAGUGCUUUGCGUUACGGGUUUCCAUCUUCAUGAGUGUCAAAACUUCUUAGGGGGCGGGGGCGGUUUUAGCCUGCGAAGCGCAGACGCAUUUCCGGUCGUCGCUUCUCUCCCUCCGCUAUUUUUCGGAGGGAGAGAAGCGACGACCGGAAAUGCGUCUGCGCUUCGCAGGCUAGGGCGGUUUGGGAGGAAGCGGGAAAAAUAUUUUUCUCGUCGCCCUCCCCUUACAGAUGUAAUCCCCGACGCCAGCCCCCACAAUACAUUUAAAAAUCAAGAUGGCCGCCAUUAAAGGUAAGACGCGCUAUAUCUCGACGAUCUCACGAUGAAAGAGGGGACAGUGAACAGUCUAAGCUAAGCUAUAUACUUACAAUUUCUCCUUUAAAUCAUACAAACGCCAUUGAACUGUUUUUUUCUUCCACAGCAAACCUUUCAUUACGAUGCCUCCCUCUGGAGCAACAAAGAAACUUUUAACCUUGAUGGAGGGAAGACCGGGUUUGACUCCCAAGAGACCAAACUUCCCUCCUUCUGGAACACAUCCUUCUCCAAGAUCUGCCUCGGCAUGAAGAUCGGUCAGCAGUUUAAUUUCAUUGUAAUCAACAGGAGCGCCAGUUCUCUGCACUCUUUGAUCGCUGACGGACAAUUUCGCGCUACUUCUCUGGGUCGCGACACGUGGAAGUUGUUGUUUGGUCCUGAGGGGUCCCUGCAGGUUGAGUGUAACAAAGAAGGGUUCAACAGUCAUAUGGUCGGCAGAGUCCAUUCCAAAGCCAGGAUCGGCAUCAUUAGUAACCAGGAAAACCAUUGCAAUUCAUGUGACUCUAGAAUUGGGUUUGGUACUGGUGGGUUACAUGAUGACACCAACUCCUGUGGAAACCAGGCCACCCACUAUCCAGAUAAUGGUAAUAAGCAUAUCAAAGCCGUAGGAUAUAUCCUCGUGCAGUGAAAAUGAAUUUAAGAGUUUGUGGCUUACUAACCAUAAUUGACGGUGGGAACAAUUCGGUAGAAGUUAACUUAAAGACAGCCUUGAAAAAAAUGUUAAAACUGUUGUUCCAGUUCCGGGAUAAACAAUAGACUUUAUCGUGUUUGAAAUGAGUAAACAAAAUGUAGAUAUAUCAGUUAUCUUAAUUUUAAAACGAAGUAUUUUAGAGUAAGUAAUCAUUUACCUUUUUUUUUCCAAGACCUUUCAGUACUUUCAUGUGCCAAUGCUGCAGGCAUCUUGCUACGGUUAUAGCUAAUGGAUCUAUUUGCCCUAGAAACAUGUUUCCCUCGUUUCAAGGUGCUUAACUUUAUAUUAUAUUAUAUAUUAACCCUUCAGUUCCUUUUGUUUUAUUUUGCACUGUGUAUUGUGUUGGACGUGGCUGCAUUGCAGUUUGUUGGUCGCUCAAUAUCGGUGUUUUUAACUUUUAACAUUUUACUUUGCACUGUAUAUUUGUGUUGGACGUGGCUGCAUUGCAGUUGUUGGUCGCUCAAUAUUGGUGCUUUUUCUAACUAUUUAACUGUUAACCAGUAUGCCUACAACAUAUGCCUACAACACUCUCAUUUACACACACCCUCCCUCCCCACCUUACCCACUAUUUAGUGGAGACUUGGGAACCCUUUCAUUAGGGAUUCCAUACCACACCUGUAAUGCCACAAAGGUUGCUAGAGAAACUACUGUUUUUUUUUUUUUUUUUUUUUUUUCAACGACUAGAGUGCGACUAGAGUGAAAAAAAAUGUGCCUCUGUCAGCGGUAACUUUCAAUUAUCCUAGCCUGUGAAUACAGCCGUUUCUCCUUGCUCCUCGUCGCUAGGGACGUUUCAUCAGGAGGAACGUCUGCACCUCAGCGACAGAAAUUCCAUGCUAAUGACGUAAAAUUGUAAAUUUUCUGGGGAAGCAUAACCCCAGUCCUCCAAGUUUGAAGUGCCUUCUGUGCUCUAACUUUUCUUCUCGUGCGUAUACAUGCUAAGUCCUUGGAUCUGAAAGAUUUAAGUAUUAAGAACACCUUUAAGCUUCUGGAAUAUCUCAGUCAGUAGCAGAGGUCAUCAUCCGCUUUUCCUGUCAGACGAGGUGAAGGUUUUCAUAUCAAAACACAGAAGCCUCUGGUCUCUGUACUUGCGAAUACGCGAGAAUUAAAGAUAAUUAAAUUUAAUUCGGCAUUUUUCAAUCGCAUCAAUGAUUAAAGAGCGCAGUAUUUGUUUACUUUUUAUUCUAUCGGUGACCAUUAACGCCAUUUCGCCUGCUGUGACUAACUUCAUUUUAUAAAGCUGGAGAAACAAGGACGUUGUAGAUAUUCUUUUCACUGUAAUUGAUCUUUCAUUACAAAUUCCUUUUUUUUCCUUCUCCUGAAAGGAUGUUGUCUUAAGAAGAAAAAGAAACCUUAAUUUGAACUUUUCUUUUUAAAGGACAUUUUUCCUAUUUCUUCCUCCUUUCUACCAUAGCAAACAUUUCAUUACGAUGCAGCCUUUUGGAGAAACAAAAAGACCUUUAACCUUAACGGAGGGAAGACUGGUUUUGACUCAAAAGAGACUAAACUGCCCUCCUACUGGAACACUUCCUUCUCCAAGAUCUGCCUCGGUAUGAAGCUCGGCCAACAGAUCAGGUUUAUUGUCAUCAACCGGCAAGCGAAUUCCUUAUACUCUCUGAUCGCUGAUGGGCAAUACCGCGGCACAUCGCUGGGUUGUGACACUUGGAAGUCACUGAUUGGUUCUGAGGCCUCCUUGCAGCGCAACUGUAACAAGGAAGGAUUCAAUGCUGUUAGUAAAAGGUCUGCAUCUUCCAAAGCCAGAAUCGGUAUCAUUGGUAACCAGCAAGACGAUUGCCACUCUUGCAACUCUAGAAUUGGAUUUGGCACUGGAGGACAACCUGAUAAUACCAUCUCUUGUGGUAACGAGAAUUUCCAUACUUCAGAUAAUGGCGAGAAGCAUAUUAAGGCAAUGGGAUAUAUUUUGGUACAGUGA